AGAAAAAAAUUAAACUAUAUAAUCAGAGAUAAAAAUUACAUUUAUUCUAAUAAUAUUAAAAGAAUUUUAAAAAGAAAUAAAAAAUACAUUAAUUUUAAUAAAAAAUAAAAGAAAACCAUUAAAAAAUAUUCCAUAAACAUAGAAAAACGCGAUUUCUGGUAACUACUUGACAACGAAUAUUAGAAAAAAUUGUCAUAACAAAACAAAAAUAAAUAAAAUCUCACAAAAAUAAACAACAAAUUAAUACAUUAUAUUACUGCAUUGCGAUUUAUGAAUGAAAUUAUUAAUAAUAACAACAAACAACCAUUUAAAAUUAUAACAAAUUGUUUUACAAGCUAAAUUAUAAAAAAAAUACACUUUGGCAUUCAUUCAUGUUGUUGCUGCUUGCUGUUUCUUCCACUUAAACGCUAAAUUGUCGCUGAAAUUGUGUCUAAUUUUAUGAAAAUAGAUUUUGAAAACAAGAAAUAGAUUUUGAAAAUUUUGUAUACCUAUUUUUUAAAAAUAAUUCUAAAGCAAAAUACCAAACAAAUAAAAUUAUGCCACCGAUUAAAUAUACUGCCACUAUUGCACCCAAUACCGUCAACAUUGGUGAUAAAGUACGAAUCAAAGGAAUUUUAAUGGAUGAUGCAAAAGAAUUUUCCAUAAAUUUCGUUAAUGAACUAUGCCGGAAUCCUGCAUUUAUAACAUAUCAUUUCAAAUGGAUUUUAGAUGAAAAUGUUAUUGUUGAGAACUAUAAAGAGAAUGGCGAAUGGAUCGAUCAUAAAGAGAAAAUGUUCGAUCAACUCGAUGGUGUGUUUCAUAGUAAAAAUUCAUUUAGCUCUCAUCCCCUCUAUACUAACAAUACAAUUCUAAAUUAUUCUGUUUUAGGUACAAUAUUCGAAUUAGAAUUUGCAUUCCAAGACGGUUAUAUUGAUGUUUAUAAAAUCUAUGAGAAUACGCCAAAUCGUAUUACGACAUAUGAUACAGAAUUAAAUAUAAAUGAUAUAAAAUCCUUACAAGUUUGGGGUGAUGUUAAGAAAAUUUCCGAAAUUACCUUUAAAUAUGCGUAGAAAUUAUUAAUAAAAACACAUAUACACACAAAAAAGAACGUUUUGGAAAAUCUAACUUGGAAUGAAAAUCUCUAAAUUCAAAAUGGAUUGAAAAAAGCUAGAAGAAGAAAAAAAGUUAGUAGUUUUAUUUUAUAUAUAAUUUUCCAUUUAUUGGUUUCGUCUUAGAAUCCUUUGACAUUUUUUUUAAACAACUGCAGUAUUAAUGCUUUAAUUUUGUAUCUCGUUUUAUUUUCUUUUAUAAUACAGUUUGUGAAAACAAAUGUCUUCCUUUCUUCCGUUCACCCUGACACCUCAGAACAAAAAAACUCGCCCUAUUCAAAAUAAUGCUUUUUAUUGGCCCUUCUUGAGCAGCAUUUGCACACACACACCCACGGUUCGUUUAGCACUUUUGUUAUGUUCUUUAGUGCCUUGUGUAGGGGUGACAGAAGUUUAAAACUCAGUUUUGUUUUACAAGUUUAAGCCUGGUUUAUAUAAAUGCAAAACUUAACUUAUUAAUUAUUUAAUAUUUUUUACAAUUUAUUUAAUUUUAUAAAUAUAAUUAAAGUUUCUUUAAUUAUGCCAAAGACUUAAUUAUUAUUUACUUUAAUUUAAGUUUUUCUUUAAAACAAGUUUACACAUUUUAACACAAAUUGUAUUAUUAGUUUUAAAUCUAAUUUGAAAAUGCAAAUACUUAAACCCUCAUUAUAGCAUCCCCCAACAAGUUUGUGCUUGUUCACAUUGUUCUGUUAAGUCCUUGAAAGCAUUUUAUUAUCAUUAUUAUGAGAGCACUUUACACUAGUAGAUCCACCAUCGCCACCAUUUUUUUCAUAUAUUUUAUAUACUAAUCAAAGGUUUAAAGUCAUUUAAAUCAUAUUUUUUUUAAUUUAUUUGCAUUUUUUCAAAAUUGUUCGCAUAUUUUUCAAUAAGUUUUUCAUUUAUUAA